UGCAGAAUGUGAGAGUCAACUGGAGACAACUUGGUGAUAUUGUGAGGAGUAACAUCUUCAGAGGAGUGUCAGCAUGACCCCUCACAGUGAAGCUCUACUGCUGGUCUUCAGUGUCUCACUGUAUGGUAGUCUGUGUGCUGCAUCUUUAAAUAGAAAUGAAAGAGCCCACUUUUGGGCUAGCGUGGACCCAGAGCCAGCUACCAGCUCACCAUGGACGUCUCGCAUGGACGUCUCGAUCAACAGAAAUGGACAUGACAACAGAGACCUUGGGGUGGACCCUUCAGUUGAUCAAAACUCCUAUGUCACAAUGGAGGAUCAUGGUUUGUCAAGACUUCCAGCCUCAAGAACACCAUGGAUCAAAACUUUGACUUCUACUCAGAUUGAACCUCCUUCAGAUAUCCAGAACGAUGAAGAGGGACCUCAAACAGAGGCAUCUGAUUGGCCAAAUUUUAGUAAGCAAGGCAAUAUGGAACAAUCUUUUAAAUCAUCUUCACUGGCAACACUACAGCCUUUUUCUUCUCAGGCCUGGAGUACCAAAUCCAAGACACCUAUUGCUUGGAAUACAGAGACAUACACACCUCAGAGUCCUGCUGAAACUAGAUUUAGCACCUACCAGACACUGUGGAAGUCCUCUGGUGCUACUCAGACACCAUAUGCCAGAGGAACUUUAGAUGGUACCACUUUGCCAAGAGGGCUGACAGACAAUCUGCAGCCAUCUGAGGAAACAAAGGAUUUGACAGAUGCUCCUGCAGAUAGUCUGACAGAUCCGACUCUCAAUGUGACAAAUCCUGACCCUGAAAGAGAGGAGCGCAAGGGUGUUGACCAAGUGAAAAAGGACCAAAAUGGCCAAUUGACCACCACUGUGAUCAAGGUCACUGAAACCUAUCCGGAAGCAGCAUCUCCAGGUGAUGACAAGCGCAAAUCUUCCACACUUCUGGACUGCAGCCUGGUUGGCACUAGAAUCUGUCAGUCGACUGACUCCUCAAGGAAUCAUGCUUCAACUAACAACACUCUGUCCACUCCACCCCCUAUGUAUGAAACCACACCCCCUGGUGUAAUAACCCCACCCCUUGAAGCCCUCACCCCGCCUCUACUGGUCCCUCUACUGACUGAUUGGAAUGCUGCAAUGGCGACAUGGGGCCUGGCAUGGGAGUUGCAGGUAUACGGGCUCGGCUGUGUGUUCUCGCUCGUGGCUGUGCUGUCUGUGCUCAGCCUGAUGUGUUUGCCGUUGCGCUGGCCCUCUGGCUGUGCCCACUUCAGCCUCCUCCACCUUCUCCAACUACUAACAGGUUCCAGUAGAGCUCUGUGGCUCCUCUACGAUCCAUAUGGCCAAAAAGAGCGCCUACCCAUAGCCUGGGCACGACUGCUGCAUGAAGCUGCCUAUCCCUGUAUUACGGCAUCAUUUGGUCUGCUGCUUCUACUGCUAACCGCUCGCUCUUGUACCCAGCUACUUUCUCAGAACACCCUGCAGCGCAGCACCUGCUUGUUGGCCGCCCUAGUGCUGCUGCACAUAGCUAUAGUAAUGGCAUCCAUGGCAAUACUGCAACUCUUUCCCACCCUGCAAGUUGUGCCUCUAUUACCACCUGCAGCAUUCGUAUUGAUGUCCUCUCUCUUGUCAUUCACAUACCUGCUUCUUUACUGCUGUGCUCGUGCCGAUGUCAAGCACAUUUACCGGCUAAGUGAGAGCUCUCCCGAGCGGCCAUCGUGCCAUGCUAGCAGGUGUCCAUUCACAGAAGCACGGAUGUGGGAAAGGGCGGCCAGGACAGGGGUAUUCUCUGCCCUGUUUCUGCUAGCAUGUGGCAGUCUACGACUUUAUGCUAUGCUCAAUGCAGGAGGGCUGACCGGUGGAGUCAUGGUUGGCCUGAUGCCCUGGCCCUGGUGGGGCUUCCAGCUCAGCUGCCGAGUCUGUGAAACAGGAGUAUGUCUCACCCUCGCUCUUGUAAUCACUCACCCCCUUCUCUGUUGCGGAGUGCCCCUUUCCAAAUCAGGAGGCUGCAGUUGGCUCUUCAAAAAGCCACCCACAGAAGGCACAACGAUGGCCAAACCCACCAUCCUCUCAAGUCGGUGUGGCUGGUCACUACGGCCUGCAGAGAAGCUGGGGUUGUGUGAGGGAAUAGCUCGGCGGGAAAGCGAAAGCGUGCCGCUCUACACCUUGGUGGAGCUUCCGCACAGCGAAUUCGAUGGCUUGGAUCUCCACUAUCCCAGCAGCCCUCAGCACGAGUCUUGCACACAGCUCUCCAAAACCACAAAGAAGAGUAAAAUAUCCCAUGCAUCCUCCUUUGCAAGCUUCGAUGCCGACUCCACAGCAGAUCUGCGGCCCCCUUCGCCAAUCGACCUGAGGCGAAGCAUUGACGAGGCCUUGAACAGUGAGGCUUUUUUUCAGCAUUGUCUGUUCGGCUCCUCCAGGCUCCCUCUCAGCACACGUGGACCCCCGGAUGGACAACCCUGUCGGGGAAACUCCACCGAACCCAGCCUAUACCGCACUGCCUCCUGUGGGGAUGUGGACCCCGCUACAGUCCCCAGCCGACCCAGGCAAUGGAGCACUAUAUCUGGGAGACCAGCUCACGUCUCGGUCCAUUGUAGUGGGUUAAACUCAACACAACAGUCCCAGAGCAGCCUACAUAAGGGCUCUCAAUCUGGGCAGCAACUCCACAGACGCUACACAACAUUGGGCUCUACAUCCUCCAGAGGGAGCGUGGAUGUGGAGACAACUUCUCAUGUUGAUGAGCUUGCCGUUCAGGCUGAAUUCAUCAACGUCUGCAGGCAGAUAGAUGCACUUAGUAUCAGUAGUGAUACGAUAGACCUAUAGGGGGGGAGAAAUCUUUAUUCAUCUACAGAUUAUGUUGUAGAGCAUGGGGUUCUCAACUCUGGCCCGCCCUCGAGGUCCACUUUCCUGUAGAGUUUA